AUGUUGCUGGGGUUGAGUGGGCGAUCUUCGGGUGCCAAUUGGGGGGCGUGUCCCGUCGGUCUCCAGGUGCCUCGGCAAAUGCGCCCGCCCGCCGAACGUCCUGCUCUCGGCACCGGCUUCGAUAUCGCAAUCCACCGGCAACAUCACCAGCCGCACCUUCCUUCCACCACCGUCUCUUCCGUUGUAAAACUUCUUUCAUUCCCCGUCUAUGGUUAA